CAUGACUCAAGGAGGGAAAUUCCUGUUGUCAUUAAGGAUUGCUGGUAUAUAAAAUGCCCUCUAUAUGCCAACUAAUAAUUCCCUUCUGUGUUCAGCUUUUCUACUCCCUUCAAGAAGAGACCAAAUCUGAAGCAGCAGCAACAAACAUGAAUGUGAAGGACAUGGCUAUAGUCUUGGCAGUGAUAUUAUGUGCUACAAUUGCUCAAGGUUUCCCAAUGUUCAAAGGGGGACGCUGUCUCUGCAUAGGCCCUGGAGUAAAGGCAGUAAAAGUGGAAGAUAUUGAGAAAAUCUCUGUAACUUACCCAAGUAACAACUGUGACAAAAUAGAAGUGAUUAUCACCUUGAAAGCACAUAAAGGACAAAGAUGCCUAAAUCCCAGGUCGAAGCAAGCAAACAUUAUAAUAAAGAAAGUUGAAAGAAUGAAUUUUUUAAAACAUCAAAGCACCUGAAGUCCUGGAAAAAAUGAUAUGAAAACUCAGAACAAGUUUAACUGUGAUGAUGAAAUGAUAAUGUCAAAAAUUCUGUAAUAGGGAAAUGACUUUCUGCUGCCUAUUGCAAUGCAUAUUCAUGCAUUGUAGGAUUUUUAAGUUUAGGAACCUUCUAGAAGAUUUGAUGUUUAUAACUAUUCUGCUAUGAGGAUGAAAACAUUUGUAUCUAAGUUAUCUGCCUAUACUUUAUCUAUAUUCCAUAUUACAAUCUGUAGUUAUAAUGGAGACAUUACUAUUAUUACUGAAGUCAAGAUCUUAUGAGUCAAAGGCAUCCAUGCAUAUCAUAAACAUCUCCCAAAAAUUUUUAAUGCAAAUCCACAUUUCUUUUUUCAAAAUUAUACAGCACAUAUUUACCUAGGAAAGAAAGUUAUUGUUUAUAAAAAAGCAAUAAUUCAUGAAAUGUACUAUAAAAAAAUUACAUUGGUAAGAAUGUAAAUAUUUCCUAACUGAAUUAGCAGCUCUGGUCUUAAUUUGAUUUUAGCAACUUUGUUUUUCAUUGAUAUGUUUUGAAACAAUUAGGAUAUGUAUGUUUACUAUGCAUUUUGUUUUAUCUAUUUUAUAAAUUAUGCAACAUUUUGGACACAUUUUAAAUAUAAAAUGUUUUUUUCUACCAAAGAAAAUGUUGAAAAGAAAUAAAUGCGCAUAUCUGGCAUUUAUCACCUUUGCUUUCUGUGAUUCUUUUUCUUAGGAAAAUACACAAUCUUACCUUUGUAAAUCACGGUCAUACUAUACAAUUUAGGGAUAGCUAAGAUAGUUUUACUUUAAAAAGAAUCAAAAUCACUUUUCUCUAAGAAAGUACCACAACUUUAUUUAUAUUGGUGGGUAUAGGACAGUUGACAUUUAACAUUUACGGCACAUACAGAUGGUAUUUGGACAAUAAAAUAAUGAGUGGUUCAUGGUGUGGUGUGCUCUGGUGGGAGAUUGUGACCUGGGGGUCUGAAAAGGAAGAUUACUUUGACAUUCCAAAGGUAUGUUACUAUACCAGCAAAAGGACAAUAGAGAGGCUCAAUUAAGGUAAAGAUUGUCAAGGAAGAUUCAAUCCUAAGACAUGACUACCUACCAUGACACACUUUUAGUUAGGAAGUUUUAAUCUCUGACCAUUCUAUAUGGUUUGGUUUAGGUCUCGGAGUUUGUAAGACCCUCUAUGCAGCCUCCCCUGAGCUUUUCAGAUUUAGUAUGUGUCCCCUUUUUUGUCCACACUUUGUAAAAGACACAUUCAUAUAUCUUCCCAAAAUUUGAUAUGCCUUUAACAAUUUCAUCUUGUAUUUCAAAAAGCAUAAUGCUACCUGUCAACACACAGAAAUAUUUAGAAAUACAUUUUAAUAGAUAGUUGUGAAGGAAAAAUCAUCUCUUUUUAAGGAAUCUUCCUAAAUCCAAACCCCCUUUUUACUUGGGGGCAAAUUCCUUAUGUGAGUUUUGGUGAGAGACCAAACAGAAGCCAUAGGAAGGAGAUCCUUCCCUUCUUGGCAGCCAGAACAAGGCCUCUGCCAAGCCACUCCUUCCCUAGACUUUGAACUCCAACUAACACCUCAAAUAAACCACUAGUAAGUAAAUUAUUUAAACUGGCAGUAGAAACAGUGUAGGUCCUGAAAUGUUUGUGUGGCAUGACUAGCUAGUAUUCCUUGCCACCAAGAAACCUUAGGUUUUUGUCCAAGAUUCUUUAGUCUUCCUUUGGAUUCUUCAAUUAAAUUUCUCUUCUGCUGAAGCUAGCCAGUUGACUUCUCUGUCAUGUAACCAAAAACCUUAGCUAAUACAGCAUUCUUUAUAUAGACACCUAUACAUUUGAAAAAUAAAAAUAUGUUACAGAAUUACCAAAAAAAGGACAUUUCUGCUUAUCUGAAAAAAGGACAAUUUUACAAUAUGGACCAAUCUUGAAAACUUUAUACUAUGCAAAAAAGGCAAUUACAAAAGACAUAUUUAUGAUUCCUUUAAACAAACUAUCCAGAAUAGGCAAAUCUAUAAAGACAGACAGUAGGUUGGUUAUUGCCUAGGGAUAAGAGAUAGCAAGAAGUGACUCUUAACAGAUAUGGGGUUUCUUUUGGAAAUGAUAAAAAUGUCCUACCUUUGGCCAGGUGGUUAGAGUGUUAUUCUACACACCAAAAGGUUUUCAGUUUAAUUCCCAGUCAGGGCAGCCUUUCCGGCGGUGACGACCUCCCCACGACAAUAUGCCUCUUGCUAAGGAUCUCCUCCAUCCUUCUCCGGAAGAGGAGAAGAAGAAACACAA